AUGUCGAAUCUUCCACUGUACAGAGAUCCUUGGGCGAAGUUUGAGGCCUGGCGAAAUCACCCGGUCUUCUCUCAAAAGACAAUUCUCCGUAAUCUCUUCCCAGGGUUUGGAAUCGCUGUCGUGGCAUUCACAGGCUAUGUCAUUGCGGAAAACAUUUACCUGAAGGCAAAGAAGCCUGAGCCUCACCAUUAG